AGAACAGGCUUCUCAAAAGUUCACUGUUUUUCUUGUAGCAAGUUUUAAGUUUGUACUUCAGAAUAUACUGCGCCUGAUGCAGGUUGAAACACGUUUCAGAACACAGUUUAAUGGUCAUAUUACAUGGUUCUCAUUCAGAUUCAAGUGAUAAUAAAUAUCAACAAUAUUAGCACAUUCUACAUGCAUGCAUACGUGCGAAGUCCUUUUUUGUUCUUUCGGUUGUAUUUGUAUCAAUAGUAACUUUUUUGGGUUUUUUUGUGGGAGGUUACUGCGGGAAACUGCAUUCCAUUUUUUUUAGACGAAAAGAUUGCUGCCAAUGUGUCAGUAUAUCAUUUGUAAAUAAUGGAGAUGUCCCUCUGCCACAACUGUUUGUCUAAGCAUGUGAUCACGGAGAUUUUCUCUGGGUAUGGUCUUUGACGUCACCGGGGUUUAUUAGACGUGUGUAUGCUGUCGCCAACACCAGUUACUCUGCACACUCUCUUCUGCCCUGGUAAAUGCUCCCCGAAGCCACUGUUUGCGCUGCCAGUCCCAUCAAAGGGAGAUUCAACUGCAGUGACGGCUUUACCUGACCGUUUGAAGAAAACGCUUAUUUGGAGCUUCGUAGUCGGGUUGUCCUGAAAUCUCAGGUUUCCAUGCACCAACUAAGAAAAAAAUAAUUGUGGAGAGAUGAACGAAAGCCUGGAGACAAAUGAAACGGCAGCGGGAAUCCCUUGGAUCGAAGCCACGGAUGGCAACCGCAGCUUGGAGCUAUCCACCGAACCGCUGGACUUCGCAAUCAACCCCUGGGACAUAAUGUUGUGCAUGUCCGGGACUGUGAUAGCCUGCGAGAACGCCAUCGUCGUCGCCAUCAUAUUUUACACGCCAACGUUGCGAACACCCAUGUUCGUUCUUAUCGGGAGUCUGGCCACCGCAGAUCUCCUGGCUGGGAUGGGAUUAAUAUUAAACUUUAUGUUCCAGUACUUAAUUUCCUCCGAGACCAUUAGCCUCAUCACUGUAGGUUUUCUGGUUUCGUCGUUCACUGCUUCUAUCAGCAGUCUUUUGGCGAUCACGGUCGACCGUUAUUUUUCUCUGUACAAUGCCUUGACUUAUUUUUCAGAAAAGACGUUACUGUAUAUCCACAUCAUGCUGGUUGUUACUUGGGCAGUCUCGCUCUGUUUGGGACUCUUGCCCGUUUUGGGAUGGAACUGUUUGGGGGAGCCAUCAACUUGCAGUAUCGUCAAACCGUUGACCAAGAGCAACGUAAUAUUACUGGCAUUUUCAUUUUUUGUCAUUUUUAUGAUCAUGUUGACCCUGUAUUUCAAGAUCUGCAAAAUUGUGUGCAGACACGCGCAUCAGAUCGCUCUCCAGCAACACUUUUUCUCGACGUCGCACUACGUUGCCACAAAGAAAGGUGUCUCGACGCUCGCCAUCAUCUUGGGGACAUUUGGCGCGAGCUGGUUACCGUUUGCCAUUUACUGCCUCGUGGGUGAGCACGACUACCCGUCCGUGUACACCUAUGCUACCCUUUUACCAGCGACUUACAAUUCAAUGAUCAAUCCAAUCAUUUACGCCUACAGGAACACAGAGAUCCAACGAUCGCUUUAUGUCCUGUUUUGUGGCUGCUUUCAAACGAAUGUGUCUUAUCGGUCGAGAUCUCCAAGUGAAGUAUAAGUGGUGUGUUUUACCUUGUAUUUUUAUUUUGUUUUUUCUGCACAGUGACAAUCUGCUUUCAGUUGGUUGUGUCUGCUAUUAUUGACAUGAUUAUUUGCUCUAAAUGUAUAGUGUAUGAGGCAUUGGCACUUUAUUGAGUCUGGAGACAACCAUGGGUCCAUUUAUAAAUACUGUGAACAAGAUACUUGUGUAAAAAAGAAAAAGAAAAAAGAGGCUGCAUUAUGAAUGUAUUUAUACAAACAACUUAAAAGAAGCACUUUAUUUUAUGUAUUAAAAUGCCAAAGCAGUGUUGCAAAGGCCUGUAUGUUACUACUUUGUACUUGUCAGUAUUCUCUAUCAUUUUCUAUUUUGUACGGUUGUCUAUGAUGUGCGUUUUAUACAAGUCGCGAACAUGAAUAAAAGUGAAACCCUGAA